AUGAGCCAAGAUGUCUCUCCCCUCCGCUAUGUGCGGUAUGAAAGUGCUCGCGAAAACGAGUAUGUCGCUGCAAUGCGCCAGCUGAUCUCCAAGGAUCUCUCUGAGCCCUACAGCAUCUACGUUUACCGCUAUUUCCUCUACCAGUGGGGCGACCUCUGUUUCUUGGCAAUGGACGACAAAAAUGAGAUGGUUGGAGUCGUGGUCUCUAAGCUCGAGCCGCAUCGCAGCGGUCCUCUACGUGGAUAUAUCGCCAUGCUGGCCGUGCGCGAGGAGUACCGGGGUCGGGGCAUUGCGACAAAGCUGGUGCGCAUGGCUAUUGAUGCAAUGAUUGAGCGGAAUGCCGAUGAGAUCGUCCUCGAGACAGAGAUGACAAACACUGCAGCGAUGAAACUGUACGAGCGGCUUGGCUUCCUUCGCAGCAAGCGACUCCAUCGAUACUACUUGAAUGGAAACUCUGCCUAUCGGCUUGUUUUAUAUCUCAAAGAAGGAGUUGGCUCAAUUCGACCUGCCUAUGAAUCCUACGUGCCACCGCCGCUGCCUGUGAUGACAGAACCACCCGCUGCUAUCACUGGUCUUGGGAAUGGAAGCCCUUGGUGA